UUUCAUGCCACUGAACAUGAGAAAACCUCAGUGUGGGGCAAAAAGGGUGGUAAGCGGAAGGAGAAGUUAAGGACUGAGCUGCUUUGCAGAUCAUAGUGUUUGAAAGUGAGAAGCCGAUUUGACAAGAAGCAAAAACCACACAAUAGAGUACCACGUAAUCUUUCUGUUCACUUUGUUUUACAAAUUUAUUCAAGCUCUUCCUACUAUCUUCUGCUGCCUCCUUGCUCUUCUGUAUUUCACAGAUGUCACUGAGGUAGGUAACGUGGUCCAAGCCUGAGGAAUUCAAGGAAAGAAGAGAAGUCUACUGGACUUUUUCCAUCCCUGAUAUGCACAGGAAAUGAAGAGAUCACCUGGCAUGCUUGGAAUUGAGAAAAUGUCCUGGGUGCUCUUCCUAAUCCCACAUCUGGGCAUCUGGAGUAUCAACGGGCAAAGAUCAUGUAAUGAACAACUGUAUGUAAAGAGAUAUUCCACAUACACUGUGUCAGCAGGGCAUCCAUUUAAUCUGGAGUGCCCUGUGAAAUACUGUACUAAGAGGCCUAUUGUGACCUGGUGCAAGCUCAAAGGAAAAAACUGUUUACCUCUCGCAUAUAAACUUCUGGGAUACACAACUUGGAAAGAAGGGGAGAAUAUUUCAGUUUUUAGUCUUCAUUUUAAUCACCCGUUGGCUAGUGAUUCUGGUUCAUACCGCUGUUCUGCGAAUUUUACAUCUGGAGUUAUUGAAAGCCAUUCAGUAACCAUUAAUGUGACAGAACAGACUCAAAAUAAUUCAGAAUACCCUCUAAUAAAUACAACUGGUGCCUCAGGACCACCCUCUCAGGAAGUGACGGCGGACAAACGAUGGAUGCUUUAUAGUUUGCUUCCUUUGGGGGCAUUGCCUCUGCUCAUUACCUGUUUGUGCCUGUUCUUCUGCCUUAGAAGGCACCAAGCAGAAAAAAAGGAGCCUUCUGACACAGCAGCAAGGGAAAUUAACCUGGUUGAUAUUCCCCAGCCCUUUCGGAGUGAGGAAACUGAAGUGGGAACCGGGCAAAAUCCCCAAACACUGCUAUCAGAAACUGGUACUUAUGAUAAUGACCCCUGGUUCAGGGUCCAGGAAGAGUCUGAAGUUUAUUCUAACCCAUGUCUGGAGGAAAACAAGCAGGGCAUUGUUUACGCUUCUUUGAACCAUUCUGUCAUUGGAAUAAACCCAAGACAAUCAAGGAAUGUGAAAGAAACACCUACAGAAUAUGCGGCCAUAUGUGUGAGGAGUUAAAUUCGAUCUUGAUCUCCAACUGGUGAUCACUGAAAGAUAUGCAUGUCAACACCAUUACCAAGCCCAACAAAAGGUUAAAUAACAUUCCUUGACCUGAGAAGCUUCACUUUAAGGAGGUUCAUGUUGGUGCUCGGGUCUUAAGGGUUCAUAGGACAAAUGACUAAAAUUUCUCCCCCCAAAUUCUGAGGGAACUUUUUAUAUGACACCCUUGAACAACAACACAAAAACCUUUCCCUCCAAGACUAAGUGAUAUUAUGAGUAGCAGAGUGGCAGAAUAUUUAAACGUAGCUACAUUUUACCCAAUGUACAAAGCUAAUAUAUUUUUUGGAGGAUAGGAGACACAUGUAAGUAAGAGAGGUUUGUGUUAUCUGGAUCAGUUCACUACACUCUCUUGACAAAGAAAGGAUGUCCCAAUUUGACUAACUAACCAUCAACACAGUCAUGAUAGUAUGUUUAUUUCUGGUCAUUCUUCCAUGAUGAGAAAUAUUCCUCUGUCCCUCUAAUACUGUUUUUUUUUUUUUUAAUGUAAAGAGGUAACUUUAGACUUGAUAUAAGAAAAGAAUGGAAAGCAUAAAUGGUUCAGUAAAGUUGUGGGCUACACCGACUACUGUAGAGCAGAUGCUCCCCAUACCUGACACGCAAAUGGUUUUACAUUGUUGAGCAAAUAUAGGUAGUAAUGGAGCAAUUAAUGUGUGGUGCAUUUAUAAACAAAGUUGUGACUCAGUGGUUAGGUCACAUGGACUAAUGUAUAUGAAUGUGAUAUAAUGCUGCUGAAUUAAUAUACUCGUGGGUGUUUAAAUAAACAUAAAAAUAAGCAUCAUCGAGCAAAUGCAGAUUAAUGACUUAAACUGCUUCAUAGUUGAUCUGAUAGCAAAUGAAAAGAACUAUUAAUGGAAUGGAGAGGGGUGCCUGGGUGGCUCAGUCGGUUGAGCGCCCAACUGCAGCUCAGGUCAUGGUCUUGCGGUUCAUGAGUUCGGGCCCCACGUCAGGCUCUGUGCUAACAAACAGCUCAGAGCCUGGAGCCUCCUUCGGAUUCUGUGUGUGUGUGUCUCUCUCCCCCUCCCCUGCUCAUGCUCUGCCUCUCUCUGUCUCUCAAAAAUAAAUAAAUGUUAAAAAAAAAUGGAAUGGAGAAAAGUCUUGAAUAUUUAGUUGGCCACCCCAGGUCACCAUACUUUCACUAAGCACAUCUGUAUCUUGCUGUUCUUCUUACUCCUUUCUAGGGAAGUCAGGGCAAAUCAUCCAGAGUGAAGUGGUAUAGCUUCAUAACAAUUCAUUAAAAAUUUUGUAGGUCCAGCCACUUGAGUAGAGCAAAAAGAGAUGGGUUCAAACUUUCUGAAUUUCCAGAGUACUUGAGUCUAAUCAUGUCAAACAUAGCCUACAACUUCAUUCAACAGCAUGAGUCUAUUAGACUUCUCAGGUGCUGCUACUGAAGAAUGCAGUAGACCUCUUACAAAGUGGACAGCAAAGGUUGGGAUCCAUUUGCACAAAUAUGUGAGCUGCUGCACAAAUGAAUGCGGGAUGUGUGUGUGUGUGUAAGGGAGGAUAGAUGACUUACAGAAGUGGUAAAAAAGACAAACUGACAAAACUGACAUUCCAUUUCAGUUUCCUAAAAAGUUUAAAAUACUACAGCAAAUGGAUCAUUAAAGAAAAUGUAUGAAAGAAACGUAUGAAGUUGCGGGGACAGGAGUAUGACAUCCCAUACAAUUUUUUAUGCCAUGAAGAUAAAACUGGGAUUCUGUGGUGGAGCUUUCCUCAUGUAACACUGGCAUUAAGAUUUUGCCCAUUAGAUUGAGAUUGUGAGUCACUGUUAUCUAGCCAGUAUGAUAUGGCUAUACCCGAAAUUUUGAGCAAUCAGUUCCAGGUAGGCUCUUUCAGCCAAGCUGCAUUUAUGGGCAAUUACGUACAAAAGAUAUAUUAGAAUAACUGUUUGUGGUAUUCUUAAAUAUAGAAACAGGAAGUAUGGGGAGGAUACAUUUAGCUGUCCUUAUCAGAUAAACACACAAUGCUGAACAGUUCCUUCAUAAUUUUUUUAAAAUUUAAACAAAAUACGUCUGUGUAUUAUUGAGGAUAUUCUUAGCAUGUCUUAUAGUAAAAAUAAUGUUGGUAAAGAUUUCACUUCUAUAAAUGAUUUAUUCUUACAUUUGUACCAUGCUGCCAAAAUACCAAAUCAUUCAUGUUUUUAUUCCUU